UUGUAUCCUUGCUCCCUAAAAGUAUGAUAGAAUUCCUCCUUUGCUAAGAUAGGAAGAAGAUCAUUGCUAUUAGAAGAAAUACUAAGAUAUGGUGGCUAUGGAAAAGAGGUUCUUCUUUGCUCUUCUCCUGACGGCUAUAGUAAAUGCAAGCAGAGCAAAUGAUGUUAGUUUUGAUCAGAAUUACCACAUUACAUGGGGAAACUCUCAUGUAACAUCUCUAAACGAAGGAAGAGAAAUUCAUAUUUCAAUGGAUAAUGUUUCAGGGGCCAGGUUCCAAUCCAACGCGAGAUAUGCUUCAGGGUUUUUCCAAAUGAAAAUAAAGAUACCUAACAAGGAUUCUACAGGAGUUGUCACAGCUUUCUAUUUGAUAGAUAACAAAGGAGAAGGAGACCAUGAUGAGCUUGAUUUUGAGUUUUUGGGCAGCAAGGGGCAACCUUGUACAUUGCAAACAAAUGUUUUUGCUAAUGAUAAAGGAGGCAGAGAGCAAAGGUAUCAUCUUUGGUUUGAUCCCACUGCUGACUUUCAUACAUAUGGAAUUCUUUGGAAUCAGCAUCAAAUAGUGUUUUAUGUGGACAACACACCCAUAAGAGUUUCCAAGAACAUUUCAAAUAUUGGAGUGAAUUAUCCAUCGCAGACAUUAGUAAUUCAAGCAAGCAUAUGGGAUGGAGAAGGUUGGGCAUCAAAUGGAAGAAAACUCGAUUGGAGUCAGCAACCUUUCACCGCUAGGUUUCAAGGAUUUACCGUGGAUGGGUGUCAAUCAUUGGAGAACAGCAACAAAGAGCAAUGCUACGAUUCCAGUUUGUGGUGGAAUGGGAAUACAUAUUGGGGACUAGACCCGGCUAAGCAGAAAGCAUUGGAGGAUGCAAAGAGCCGAAUAUAUGUUUGAAGACUACUGUUCUUCGAAAGAAGGGAAAUAUGGACAUAAAGAAUGCCAAAUCAAUACAUUUUUUUAUUAAUAAAAGUGUAGACACAGAGAAGUUGUUUCGUGCACUGCAUUGCAAUGUGAAGUUAAUCGUUAUCCUCAAAGACCCAACUGUGUGUUUGUUAUUUAUCAUUAUCACAUUACAAGAUGAAGCUUCCUCUCUCUGCCCUUCAUUCGCAUUCCAACAUGAAAGUAUGGCUCCAAUAUGCUUAUUUCAUUACGCAAAAAAGUUAGCCAAAAAUUUCAA